GAGAGUCAAGAGCGAGAACUCGAUGAGAUGAAAGUGAACAAUCAGUUGGAGUUGGACAGGCUCAAAGCAGAGCUAUCGAAUUUGGAGGCGAAGUAUCAAAACGAACUGGAUGAUGAAAGAGAUCAAUUCAAUCAGGCUCGUAAACGGCGCCUAGAAGCUGCAAUUUUAACCCCCAAAAUGGCCUCUAAUCAACCAGAAGGGACACUUCAAAGGGGUCAGAAGGGGCCUGGAGACGUUGAAGUUUUGCCUUCACAGUGA